AUGUCAGGCCUCGAGAAGGCACUAUUCAAUCUCAAGUUCACUUCAAAACAAUUGAAUCGCCAGGCGGCAAAAGCAGACCGCGAUGCCCGCGCCGAACAAGCCAAACUCAAGAAAGCUCUCACCCAGAACCCCCCACAGCCCCAAAUUGCCCGGCUAUACGCCACAAACUCGGUCCGAAAUUCACAACAGAGAAUCCAGCUACUGACGCUUGCGGCCCGCAUCGACGCAGUCGCUGCCAGAGUACAGACGGCCAUCACCAUGCGGACAGUGACAGGAUCCAUGGCGCAGACGGUCAAGGGAAUGGACGUUGCCCUGAAGAGCAUGGACCUUGAGAAGAUAGGCGCCGUUAUGGAGAAGUUCGAGUCACAGUUCGAAGAUCUUGACGUGGUCGCCGGGUACUAUGAGGGCGUGGCUGGCGGUGUGGAGAGCCAGCAGGUCGGCGUCGAAGGCCAAGGAGAAGUCGACGCCCUGAUGAACAGAGUUGCAGACGAAGCUGGAGUCGAGUUGUCGCAGGAAAUGGAGCAAAAGGUGCCCGAGCACGAACUGCAACAGGCCGAGAGUGCGGAACGGGCGAAGCUUGAGGAAGGGUUGGGUGAUAGAUUACGGGCGCUGAGGAACUGA